AUGCCUUUCACGCCUGAGCUUAAUGAUACAUUUGGUGCUGUUUUAGUGGGAAGCUUCAUUUCUACUGCUCAACGUGUAGUUGAAGUGCGACUAAAAAUCAUGCUAAUGGGUUACAGGGUCAUGGACACAGUAAACUUGGUAUUAAUGAUGCAUUCAAGUUAUUACUAUCUUGUCACACAUUAUGAUCAACCAGUAAUACUACUUUCUGGAGUAUGGUCAUUCCGUGUAAAUGUGUCCAUCUCACUGACAGGAGCUAUUAGCCUUCUGACACAUAUUUUCUUUGCUCAUCGUGUUUACAUUUUGAGCAGAACAAGUAGAUGGGUAUCUGGAGCAAUAGUUUCUGCAUUGGUAAAUAGGGAUAGUAGUAGGGUGGACAAUCUACUAAUUAGUACUUUACUGGGCAAUAUUACAGCAACUACAGCCAUUACGUUCACUGCAGGCACCUUUGCAAACUUUGAAAAGUAUCACUGGCUUCUUGUCACUACUACAGCAACUGUGGCAAUGUCCGAGAUCCUGACGACUUCGAUAUUAUGCUAUUACCUCAUCAACAGUAAUUGCAGAUUCACAAGCAAGGAUACACUUAUAGACAAAAUAUUGGUUUAUGCUAUCAAUGCAGGAAUUGUAGCAAGUAUCCUUGCAGUCAUGUCUCUUGCAAUGAAGGCGAACCUCAUAUUCCUUGGUCUUUAUUUUAUCCGGAGCAAAAUGCCAGCAAAUUCAAUAAUGGCUAUCUUUAAUGCAAGGAGAACCACAUAUGUCCCUGCACAGAUAGGGUCUUUUGACUUGGGAGCGAAACCUGGAAAUUUAUUUGGUACUAUACGACGCAAAGCACUUACUAUUUUGGGAGAGUGGAGGAACACAGAAAAUCCAGUACCGGGAGAAUAUUCCAAUGAAGAACAACAUUCCUACACCAAGCAUUGA